GUUACAGGAAACCGAAAAGGCGCGCUGAGUGUCAGAAGCACCAUGGAAGAGGACCUCCAACUCUGCACAAACUGUGGGAAAAAAGUGCCCUCUGCCUACUUCUUCCUCCACGAGGUCCACUGUCUGAGGUUUCGGACCAUCUGUCCAGAAUGCAAGGAGGUCAUUCUGAAGAAGGAGAUGAAGGACCAUCAAGAGAAUGGGCACAAGCAGGUCCAGUGCAGUCUGUGUCUACAAAGCAUGCAGAAGUACCUGCUAGAAGCUCAUGAGGCUGAGUGCUCUGAACGCCCCAUCGCAUGUGAAUUCUGCAAACUGGCCAUUCCGUUAAGCCACUUGGAAGAGCAUGAGACUGGCUGUGGUGGCCAAAGAGUGUCCUCCCUCAACCAUGGGCAACCUGUUCUGCCUGCACAGCUGACAGGCCAGAAGGAUACCCGUGUGUCCAGGCUUAGAAAUUCCAGAAAAGCUCCCAGAAAGCUGAGCUGCCCGAAGUGUAGUCAAGACAUUUCAGAAGCAAAAUUUCACAGCCAUCAGGAUGAAUGCCACCGCUUCACAGAGCUUCUGGGAUCCUUUGAUUCCUGCCUGCUAAAGAGGCCCGAACAGCCUUCUCCAGUCCUGUGGGAGCCAGGAACCAGCCCAAGCAUCCAAGGAAGAGAGGGUUGUCCGUCCAAGAAGAAAGAAGGCCGUGCAUUUAAAGUGCUACUGAGCUCCCAGGCUGCCAGAUACCAGCCUGCUCAGGGCAAAGAGGAGGAAGAGUACAAUGUUCUGGAAGGCUGCUCCCAUUGCCACAUCCUACUUCCCCUGCCUAUACUGAAGCAGCAUGAGGAGAAGUGCCAACGCUGGGCUUCUCAUAUCAAUGGAAGAUUCUGAAGCAGAGGAUUCCUAAUGGAUCUGGAAAAUCCCUGGCCUGGAGGAGGUGCUCUGAAGAUCCCCAUUGCUUUCUGCCUGUCCAUCUGCCUGCCCAUCUGCCUGCCCAUCUGCCUGUCUGUCUGCCUGCCCGUCUGCCUGCCCAUCUGCCUGCCCAUCUGCCUGCCUAGGCUUUGCUCUGCAUUUUCCAUUAGACUUUUGUUUUUAAGAGAAAAGCCCAGGCAGCAGCUGGUGGCAUUGUGGAUAGAGCACCAGCCCUGGAUUCAGGAGGACCUGAGUUCAAAUCUGGCCUCAGACACUCUACAUUUACUAGCUAUGUGACUGUGGGCAAGUCACUUAACCCUCAUUGUCUCCCCCCCCCCAAAAAAAAAAAGAGAGAGAGAGAGAGAGAGAGAGAAACAGAAAAGCCCAGGGAAGGAUUUGAAUUGUCACUAAAUUGUUCGGAACAAAGGACCUGGUCCUUAAGAAUGGCUCUGGAGAAGGAGCAAGGAAUCCUCAUUCCUUCCCCUCCCCAUUCUUGGAAGUUUAAGCUCCAAGAAACUUCUCAUACUCGAGCCCUAGGAGUUUGCCUCCUGUAGAAAACACAUUUAUUCCCCCCAAAUGAAAUCCACUACUAACUUCUCAGUGAAGUUAAGCAAGGCUGGAACGUGUGGCUCCUGGACCGAUUGCGGGUCAGCAACCAGCCUCCCGGACCCUGCAUGGAGAAGCCACAGCCCAGAGGGAUGGACAGGGGAGGGGGCUGCCCCUCUGCUCUGCUUCUCGGGUGCUUCCUGAGACCAGCGGCCUCAGGACAUGUGGCAGUGCUGACUGGCUUGGGAGUUUUAAACUAGUCCAGAAAGUGUUUGUCCUUCCUUCAUCCCCUAGACAUCCCCAGCAAUUAAGCAGUCAAACACAAGCGAUUCGGGGAGAGGACGUGUGCCCAAGCUAGUUAACUGACUUAAGCAAGGUGGCUUUGUGCCUCAGUUUCCCCAUAAGUAAAGCAAGUGUGACUUACUUGUCCUCGAAUCCUCUUUCAAAGCCCUUGAACCAGACCAUUGGCAGGUGGGAAGCCGACUUGCCCUUUACCUGCUGACAACCAGCCACCUUCCAGAAGUCCGGUGCUAUCUCAAGGACCCAAUAUGCCCAUGCAGACAAUGAUCAAGUCCUGCAGAGGUCUGUCCACUAGAGGUUUCCAGCUGGGCAGGUGUGCCUCCCCCAGCCGUGUCCACGAGCUCCUCGCGAAGCUGAGCAUCAGAGAAGCGAGGCCCGACAGGGCCCCUGGGGAUCACCCAAAGUGAUGAAGCUCAGGGCCAAGGCUCUGCCCAGGAUCACACAGCUUGACGGGUAGGGUUCGAGCCUUCCCGAGCCGGAAGAGAGGCAGGGAGCGGCCAUCCCUUCGCUCGUCCACAGACCUGGGGACUUGGUCGUGAGGGGAGCAGUGCCUCCCCUCCUCGCGGGGCCUGGCAGCGUCAUAAAGGCUCCCCCUUCACCCCAGCUAGCCGUGGGCGACUUCCCCGCCAGCCAGCUGCUGCCUGCGUGCCCUCGGGGCCCUGGGCGCACUUGACCAAGCACAGGCGGCGGCGCCGGCCCCCGACGGACUAGGGCCUCGCACUGGAGGGGGCGGGCGCGCUCCAGCCUGCGGACGGUGGCGGCAGCCGGACCCAGAGCGCAGCGGGUGGGUGGCGGCGGCCCCCAGGGAAGGGAUGGGGGUAGACCACUGUCGUGACCGUGGAGAUGGGACUGGGCGGUCCAGCGUCCCAGCCCCCGACCCGUUGAGCACUACAGCACGAUCCCUGUUCCACUUUAGCUGCAAGACUCCUCCCCAGCCCAUUCCCUAGACCUUAAAAAAAACAAAAACCGGGCUCUAACCCCGGCGGCUUCCAUACCCAGUGCCCCACCAGGGUCCGAGCAACCCGCCUUUGCCUUCUAGGACCAAGCCUAGAACUCCACCUCCGCCCUAGCGUCUCCUUGCCUCGACAGGCUCGUCUUGUCUGCGCCACCCCACCCUGCCUUCCCCAACCUUGACGUUGGACGAGGAUCUGUCAAUUCUCAGACUAGAAGAAAAGAAAUUAGGGAGGACCUUUUUCUUAGAGGGUUUAAAGCAAGCUGCGAGAGACCUCUCCUCCCCUGCGCCUCCACCUCUUCCCCUUCCUCCUCCACUUCCUUUUCUCUUUUAAAUCCUUUCCCUUUCUUCUUCCUCCCCUUCUCAGCCACUGGCUACCUCCCUCUUUAAUUUAGAAAGGAAACCUGGAGAGAUUGGUUAGGUCCAGCCAACAUCUCCUCGGAUGCUGUGCCUCAUCUGUAACCUUAGAAAACAAGAUCUAAAUUUCCCCCCAAUUUGCCCUCCCCCGACGCAGGAUUGUAGACAGAUUUAUUGAUGACUCCUCUGUCCCAGGACUUUGGGCUCCCUCCCUCCUUGUCUGUUUGUCCUGUCUGUCUCUGUCUCUCUGUCUCUGUCUCUCUCUGUCUCCCUCUCUCACACACGAUGUGGAGGAGAGUGGGUUGGGUCCUUGCCCUCAGAGAGGGUUCAGUCACAGAAUCACAGACUGAGAGGUGGAAGGAAUAUGAAUGACCAUCUAGCUUAACAAGUCUCCCCAAUGUUGAAGAAGGGAAGCAUCCUCUG